UUCACGACCCGUCUUCUCCCGUGACCGUACACACUUUUUCCCUAUUCAACGAUAACAUUCUAUCCCUAAAUAGGCACAAUCUUUCUCUCUCCUCCAAAUCUAGGGUUUUUCGCCCCCUAAACCCUACCCCAAUUUUCGUACUCGAUUUCUAUCCGCUCCAUAACACCGAAACAGGCAAUUCGCGGCUUCCGUCUGAUUGAUGCUUAUAGCCGGCUGAUUUUGUUGCGGCGAUAUGGAAGCAGACAACGGUGGGACCACAGCGGCGAACGGCGGGGCUGCUAAGCGUCCUCAAAGUCCUCCGGCGCCGAUGCCGAUGCCGAUUUCUAGCGCGAAUGCGCCGCCGCCGUUCCUUGUGAAGACGUAUGACAUGGUUGACGAUCCGUCCACUGAUAAAAUCGUGUCCUGGAGUCCUACCAACAACAGCUUCGUCGUUUGGGAUCCGCCGGAGUUCGCUAGGGACUUGUUGCCGAAGUACUUCAAGCACAACAACUUCUCCAGCUUUGUCCGGCAAUUGAACACUUACGGUUUCAGGAAGGUUGAUCCAGACCACUGGGAAUUUGCAAAUGAGGGAUUUCUCAGAGGACAAAAACACCUCCUUAGAAGUAUUAAUCGCCGGAAACCUGCCCAUGGACAUACUAACCAACAGCAGCAGCAACCACAUGGACAGAGUUCAUCUGUUGGGGCUUGUGUCGAAGUUGGGAAAUUUGGGCUCGAGGAAGAGGUUGAGAGGUUAAAGAGGGAUAAGAACGUGCUUAUGCAGGAGCUUGUGAGGCUGAGGCAGCAGCAACAGGCCACUGAUAACCAGUUGCAAGCGAUGGUGCAGCGGCUUCAGGGGAUGGAGCAGCGGCAACAACAGAUGAUGUCCUUCCUGGCAAAGGCUGUGCAUAGUCCAGGCUUUUUUGCGCAGUUUGUGCAGCAGCAGAAUGACAGUAGCAGGUUAAUAACUGAAGGCAGCAAAAAACGGAGGCUUAAGCAGGAUGGUAUUUUAGAUAAUCCUUCUGUCAGCCCUGCUGAUGGACAGAUUAUAAAGUAUCAGCCUAUGAUGAAUGAAGCAGCCGAAGCAAUGCUCAGACAGAUCAUUAAACUGGAUGCUUCGACUCGCCUUGAAAAUUUCAGCAACAAUUCUGAUACUUUACUGAUUAGUGAUAUUUCAUCACCCAGUACACUAGACCAUGGGAAUGGUUCAGCUCGUACUUCUGGAGUGACUCUUCAGGAGGUCCCGCCAUCUUCUGGGCAGUCUUUUAUGCAGGCAACUUCUGGUUUUCCUGGCCAAAGGCCAUCGGCUGCCAUAUCUGAGCUUCAGUCCUCCCCUCUUGGAGCCAACUCUGACAUGGUUACAGCUACUCCCCUUUCAACUUUGAGCCCACUGGGUGAAGCACAAGAGAUGCCCUCUGUCAGUCUCCCACAGACAGAUUUAGUUAUACCGGAGCUUUCUUCAUUACAACAAAUGGUGCCAGAAAGCAACAUUGACGUGAGUGGAGAAAGUUUCAUAGGGCCUGAGGCAGGGAGUGGUGUUUUUAUAAAUUCAAACUCCUUAGGGAAUAAUGGGCAAAUGCCCUUGGAAAUUGACAAUUUCUCCAUUGAUGCUGAAUUUGAAUGGGGCAAUUCCUUGCUUGAAGAUGAUACACAAAACCUUCCUGGCAUUGGUGAUCCCUUUUGGGAACAGUUUCUUGCUUCGAGCCCACAAUCUCUGGAGACUGAAGAGAUGGACUCAGCUUCAUUGGAACCUCCUACCAACAGUAGUGAAGCAAAGCCACGGGAAAAUGGAUGGAACAAAACUCAACAUAUGGAACAGCUUACAGAACAGAUGGAGCUUCUUACUUCAGAUGCCAAAAAGGUUUGACCUUACAUGGAACAGACAGAGCUUCUUACUUUCGAUGUUGAAAAGGUUGAUCUUGUCAUUUCAGUUCUUACUUCAGAUGCCCAAAAAGUUUGACCUUGUCACACCAAAUGUACAUUUGUGUCUUGCAUCACCCAAGGUAAAUCUCAGAAUACCCAUAAUUAUCUGUUCCUGAUAUCAUGAUCCUCUUUGUCUUGCAAUGGGAAAAAGCAGCUACAUGAUCCCUCUUGUACCCUAUUCAUCUGGUUCUGGCCCGUCUUUCCUUUUUAAUCGGGGGAGAAACCUGACUUCAGGUUAUAGUUCACUCUUUGUUUCUCUGCCUCUUGGCUUCGUACUUCUCUGCCGUAACAUUUAUCUCCACUUCCAUAUUUGUUUUAAAAGCAAAAUGGACCCAAGUGGCAAGGUGUGCUGUUUGGGGGCUUCACUUUGUGGGUACCUGAUGAAGUCUUGCUGUUCGUCAUUCUGCACUGAUUUUUAGCAGGCUAUGUACGACCUUAUCUACAUUAGAUGCUUAGGAAAUUCUUUGGUUUGUGGUUUUCCUUUUAACUCUUUCGUUACAUUUCUAAUAUGUAAAUACUUUUUUGUUAUUGUUGGCAUGAUUAUGCAUGCAUAUGUAAAUUGUGUGCAUUUGGAAUGGUCCCUUGCCGGACUAUUUGCUAAAGGUUCUAAUAAUCUAAUGCCCUGUUGAGGGUUUAUUUUGUUCUCAAGACGGACUGAGAAGAUAUUCUCAUCUAAGGCCAUAUAUGAUGUAUACCAAUUCUUUUA